AUGUCAUUGAAUGCAACAACAUCUGAAACUUUCGAGAAAACCAUUAACGAGAUUCUUGAUAGUUUUGAAUUCACUCCAAUAGAACCGUGUACACAAGGAUAUGAAGAUAAUUACAAUUUGAACAUCGAUGUUGUAUCGAACAAUGCGCUUUCGAACGAAACAUCUUCUGGAAUUUCUGGGGAACUCAACCAAGAAACCAAUCGCUCGCUCGUUGUUCUUGAAACAGCCACCUCGACAUCAUGGACACAAGAACGUAAAGAUUAUUAUACUGACAAUCCGAACUACAACGUUGUACCAAAUACUGCUCUUUCUGGCGGAACAACUCCUGGAUUUUUAAAGGAAUUCAGCCAACAGUCCAACCGCUUUCUUCCUAUUAUCGAAACAGCCAAAUCGACAUCGUGUAAAGAUUGUGGUGCUAACAAUCCGAGCUACAAUAUUGUGCCAAAUGCUACGCCUCCGAGCGAAACAGCUUCUGAAGCUUAUCACAAACUCGUUCAGAAUAUUUUGUCGGAUGAUGUACCACGUUCGUACGAUUCGAACCUCAAUUUUGUACCGAACACUGCGCUUCCAAGUGGACAAUCGCUUAUAACGUCGCCGGUAAUGAAUCCAUCAGUGAUUGAGAUUCACCCAGCAGCAACCAUCAGCUCAGCCCCAAUGCAGAUUACUUGCAACGAUGAGAAGACAAUCGUUGAUUCGCCAAAAUCAGAGCUCCAGUGUAUGUUGUGCGGUAUGGUAUGUUCAUCGAAGUCAGGCUAUAAGCUGCAUACCAAAAACAUCCACGGGACUCCGAGACCAUAUAGAUGCAAUACAUGUGGGAAGAACUUCGAACAUCAGGCUCGGUUGGAGGAGCACCAGAAAACACAUUUAGCGGAAAAUAAAAAAUUUGGUUGCGAGUUGUGUGAAAAAAGAUAUGCUCACAAGAAAGAUCUUGACACACACUACCAGAAACACUCCAAACUACGUUUUCAGUGUAACAUUGGAUCAUGCGGUCAGGGUUUCGCUCGAGCAGACCAUCUGAGGGCUCACCAAAAAGCACACAUCAAUCGAGGCGGGGGACGUGUUCAACGUGGAAGAGUACCAAAACGUAUUAAACAGGACGAGUCAAACGUAUCUAGCUACAAUUCUCUCCAGUAA